AUGGAGGUAACGAUGAAUGGAGGCAGGGCAAGAGUACCGAAAUGUGCAAGAUGUCGGAACCACGGCCUUAUAUCCAGUCUCCGAGGACAUAAGAAGGCUUGCGCGUAUCGCAACUGUCAGUGUCCUAAGUGCGGACUUAUAAAGGAACGGCAGAGGAUAAUGGCGGCACAGGUGGCACUUAAGAGACAACAAGCAGCUGAAGAUAAGAUCGCCCUUCACUUAGCGUCUGUGGAAAGUGGUGCUGCCUUAGAAGCACUGCCUCCAGGAAGGAUUUAUGGAAUGAGAGUUACUGGACCUUGCCAGAGUCCUGACCCUGAGCUGGAUUCCACUUCUGAUAGUCAUACUGCAAUUCAUAUUGACAGUGAAACAAGCGACUCCUUACCAGACUGCUGUGCUCCUACACCGGAAUUGUCCAAUCCUACUUCUGCCGUGAGAGCAUGUGGAUCAACUGAUGAAUGUAAUGAGAGUGAGACAGUGAGCAGUGCAGGUCUGGAGAUGCUCAGAAAACUGUUUCCUGGCAAGAAGCGGUCCGUCCUUGAGCUGGUACUGCGGCGAUGUAACCACGACCUGCUCCGUGCUGUGGAACAUUGUAAUGCCAUACAGGUAUCAUAUUAUUUAUUUAUUCAUAAAGUAUCAAAAGAUAAAACACUGCCAUCACACCCAAAUCUAUUUAACUACGAUGGUACUGUCCAAUCCAGCGAAGAACAUUCCAGAUGGUCUGCAUUCAGACCGGUUGGUCCUCGCGCGCCGCUCAUGUCAGCGCUAGUAAUGGGCAGGGUCUGUGGCUCCGAGUGGCUGGUUCCACUCCCGGCGUUACCAACUAUAUCUGCACCAUUGUUACUGCCAUUUCAGCAUCCUCACUCCACUCCAGCAUCAUGCAACCCCUGCUCACCAGAUUGUCGACAGUGCAAUAAUAGCCGUCACUAG